GCGCGGAGCGAGCGCGGCCCGCCGGGGCGCCGCGGACCCGGCCCAGCGCACGGACGCGCGGACGGACGGACGGACGGACGGACGCGGACGGACGCGGCCCCUCCCUGCCGCCGCCGCCCGCCCGCCCGGGGCUCCCACGUCGCCGGCGCCGGGCCCGGGAGCGAUGACAUCGACGGGGAAGGACGGCGCGGCGCAGCACGCGCAGUAUGUGGGGCCCUACCGGCUGGAGAAGACGCUGGGCAAGGGGCAGACAGGCCUGGUGAAGCUGGGGAUCCACUGUGUCACGUGCCAGAAGGUGGCUAUUAAAAUCGUCAACCGAGAGAAGCUCAGCGAGUCUGUGCUGAUGAAGGUGGAGCGGGAGAUCGCCAUCCUGAAGCUCAUCGAACACCCCCAUGUCCUAAAGCUACACGAUGUUUAUGAAAACAAAAAAUAUUUAUACCUGGUGCUAGAACACGUGUCUGGCGGGGAGCUCUUUGACUACCUUGUCAAGAAGGGGAGGCUGACCCCCAAAGAGGCCCGGAAGUUCUUCCGGCAGAUCAUCUCCGCGCUGGACUUUUGUCACAGCCACUCUAUAUGCCACAGGGAUCUGAAGCCGGAAAACCUCCUGCUGGACGAGAAGAACAACAUCCGGGUUGCCGACUUCGGGAUGGCGUCGCUGCAGGUUGGCGACAGUCUGCUGGAGACCAGCUGCGGAUCCCCCCACUACGCCUGCCCUGAGGUGAUCCGGGGGGAGAAGUACGACGGCCGCAAGGCGGACGUGUGGAGCUGCGGCGUCAUCCUCUUCGCCCUGCUGGUGGGGGCUCUGCCCUUCGACGACGACAACCUGCGGCAGCUGCUGGAGAAGGUGAAGCGCGGCGUGUUCCACAUGCCCCACUUCAUCCCGCCCGACUGCCAGAGCCUGCUGCGUGGCAUGAUCGAGGUGGACGCCACCCGGCGCCUCACGCUAGAGCACAUUCAGAAACACAUAUGGUAUAUAGGGGGCAAGAACGAGCCGGAGCCAGAGCAGCCCAUCCCCCGCAAGGUGCAGAUCCGCUCGCUGCCCAGCCUGGAGGACAUCGACCCCGACGUGCUGGACAGCAUGCACUCGCUGGGCUGCUUCCGGGACCGCAACAAGCUUCUGCAGGACCUGCUGUCCGAGGAGGAGAACCAGGAGAAGAUGAUUUAUUUCCUUCUCCUGGACCGGAAAGAAAGGUACCCGAGCCACGAGGAUGAGGACCUGCCCCCCAGAAAUGAAAUAGACCCUCCCCGGAAGCGUGUGGACUCCCCGAUGCUGAACCGGCACGGCAAGCGGCGGCCUGAACGCAAGUCCAUGGAGGUGCUCAGCGUGACGGACGGCGGCUCCCCGGUGCCCGCGCGGAGGGCCAUCGAGAUGGCCCAGCAUGGCCAGAGUAAAGCAGUGUUCAGUAAAAGCCUGGAUAUCGCUGAAGCCCACCCCCAAUUCAGCAAAGAAGACAGGUCCAGGUCCAUCAGUGGCGCUUCCUCGGGCCUGUCCACCAGCCCGCUGAGCAGCCCCCGGGUGACCCCUCACCCCUCUCCAAGGGGUAGUCCCCUCCCCACCCCUAAGGGGACGCCCGUGCAUACGCCCAAGGAGAGCCCGGCCGGCACGCCGAACCCCACGCCCCCGUCCAGCCCCAGCGUCGGAGGGGUGCCCUGGAGGACGCGGCUCAACUCCAUCAAGAACAGCUUCCUGGGGUCGCCGCGCUUCCACCGCCGGAAACUGCAGGUUCCAACACCCGAGGAGAUGUCCAACCUGACCCCGGAGUCGUCUCCAGAGCUCGCCAAGAAGUCCUGGUUUGGGAACUUUAUCAACCUGGAGAAGGAGGAGCAGAUCUUCGUGGUCAUCAAGGACAAAGCCCUGAGCUCCAUCAAAGCGGACAUAGUUCACGCCUUCCUGUCGAUCCCCAGCCUCAGCCACAGUGUCAUCUCCCAGACGAGCUUCCGGGCGGAGUAUAAGGCGACGGGGGGCCCGGCCGUGUUCCAGAAGCCGGUCAAAUUCCAAGUGGACAUCACCUACACCGAGGGCGGGGCAGCGCACAAGGAGAACGGCAUCUACUCCGUCACAUUCACGCUCCUGUCAGGCCCCAGCCGCCGCUUCAAGAGGGUCGUGGAGACCAUUCAGACCCAGUUACUGAGCACACAUGACCAGCCCUCCGCCCAGCACUUGUCAGACACCACUAACUGUAUGGAAAUGAUGACGGGGAGGCUUUCCAAAUGUGGCAGCCCAUUGAGUAGCUUCUUUGACGUAAUUAAACAACUUUUUUCAGACGAGAAGAACGGGCAGGCGGCCCCGGCCCCCAGCACGGCCGCCAAGCGGAGUGCCCACGGCCCCCUCGGUGACGCCGCGGCCGCCGGCCCGGGCCCUGGAGGGGACGCCGCGUGCCCGCCGGCCCCGGACCCGGCCCGGACGGCGCCGCCCGCCGCCCGCCGCGAGCAGCCUUAGCCCCGUAGCCGCUGCCCCCGCCGGCCGCCCGGGGAGGAGAGGAAAGGGGGCACGGGGGCCACCGCCCGCGCCGCCGCGCCCGCGCUUUCUCUCUCCCGCUGUCUCUGUCUCUGCCUGUCUCUGACGCGGCCACUGUUUCCGCUCUGAUACCAGGAACUGUCCCGAAAACUUAACAUGUCACCUCCACGAGGCCGUCCUCGGGGCUCCGCGCCGGACACCGGCUGACCGAAGGCAGCUGCCGCGGACUCGCCCUCCCUCGUCUCCUGCUGCCGCCGCCGCCCCGCCCCCCGCGCCGAGGCCCCGCCCCCGCGCCGAGGCCCCGCCCCCCCGCGCGCCGGUCGGCGUGGCGGCUCCGCCCGGGCUCGGCUCCGGACCCGCGGGGACCCCCCCCUCGCCCCUCCGCCGCGCGGCAGGCCCAGGCCGGCGUCCGGGGCAGGGCCGCGGCGGGCCGAGUCGGCCGGUCAGCCCGCCCGCGUCCGCCCCGCCCCGCCCCGCCGCCCCUCCCGCCGCUCGCUCGCGUCCGCCGCCCCCGCCCCCCGCUCGCCCGGGGCUGCCGCGUGCGCUCGCGCUUGGCGACCCUUCCCGGCCCGGUGGACACGGAGCCUGGAGGCCCCGGAGCCGCCUGCCCGCGCCAGGGCCGGCCGAGACCAGUGUUAUUUAUUUGCUGCGCUCACUUAUUGAGUCCCUUACUCCUCCUUCAGGGAAGGGGCAGCGGCCGUCGGUCUGUCUGCGUGUCUGGGGCGGGGUGGGGGCCGCGGCGCCCGGAGGCUGGAGCCGGCAGAGCGCCCAAGGGGGCGGCGGCGGGGCAGGCCGGCGGGGGCAGCGCCCGCGAGCUACUGUAAACUUUAAAGAAUUCCUGCAAGAUAUUUUUAUAAACUUUUUUUCUUGGUUGUUUUUGGAAAAGGGUGUGGGGGUGGGGGGAGCCGCUGGGGCAGGGCCAGGUUUUGUGUUCGGGUCUUUCUAUAUACAUGCACAUAUAUAUAUAUUUAAGGAACGGCGCGGUCCGCUCUGUCCCAUGUUCUGGCCCGUCCCUGCGCAGAAACGACUCCAGCCCCACGGGGGCCCGGGGCGCCGUCGGGGGAGCGGGAUGGCACCGCCCAGGGGCGCGGCCCGGCGCAGGCUGGGGACCAUCUGGGUUUUGCCGCUGAGAGUGCGGGUAGCAGAAAGGCCCUGAGCUGGCCUCCCACACACAGGACAGCAGAGGCACCGCAGGGUUUUUUUUUACUAAAAUGACAAAAAGUUUUUAAAAAAAAAGGAAAAAGUAAAAGAAAGUUAGCGGCACUCUCCGCAGUGUGUGUUCUCUGUACACAGCGAGGUGGUGGGAUGCGGCCGCCUCGCUUCGUCCUGUCCCCAGCUUCUGCUGCUUUGUGUUGGUGGGCCCGGUCCCUCCAGGCCGGCGCCGAGCCCGCAUGUAGCGAGCGCCCAGGUGCCCGGCUGCCCUCGGGAGGCGCCGGGGGACAGGGGCCGGCCGGCGGGUUCCGAUUGCAUGCCUUUGCGGUAAGGAGUCCACUUUGCUUCAGGUGUCUCCUCCGCCUCCCCCCUCCCCCGCCUCCCCCCUCCCCCGCCUCCCCCCUUGUGGAUCGCUCUUAACGCUUCGGUUACGCCGUCCCCCACCACCGCUGGGAUCUCCGCACACAGACAGUCACACACCCACAGCAGCUACGCCUCGCGGCACGAGCGGGAGGGGCUUCUCCAGAGACAGAAGACACCGAAAGCAAUACCUCUUGUCAGCCUUCCUCUUUUGUACUCGGGACACACGCAGACGUCACGGAAACAAGCCCCACCCAGUGUAUCCCUGUCGAAUAACUGUGAGCACCCUUAGUUCAAGAACAAUAAAUUCCUUCAGUAAAAACA